GAAGCGUGCUAUCUGCCAUGAGAACUGAGAACCUCUAAAAUCUCUGCAAAAACUCUUUGAUUCUCCAGUUGAGAUUGCAACAACACUAAUUUAAGUUACUCAACGUUCUCUGUUAAACUUCAAUUUUCCGGAGGUUCAAAAUCUUCUAUCCCGCCUAUCCAACUACAGACGUGAAGUUCUUCAAAAGCUCUGAUAGAACCAUUACAUCGAACUCUGCAACAGGAACCCUAAUUCAAUUCGUACACAGGAAUGGACGGGCAUUCCGCACAUUCAACUGCUCCAGUUCGUUCCAGGAGCUCCCAGUCUCCUUCGCCAUCACACUCUGCUUCGGCUUCUGUUUGCUCCUCAGCACACAAGCGCAAGCUAGCCUCCGACGAGCACGCACCAGCCUUCCCUUUCUCUUUCUCUGACAACCGAGAUGGGGCUCUUACCUCUAAUGAUGAUCUCGAGAGUAUCAGCGCUCGAGGGGCAGAAACCGACUCCGAAGACGAUUCAGAGGAGGUUGUUGACGAUGACGACGACGAAGACAACGACUCAAUGAGGGUUUUUACGACUGCCCGGUUAGAGAACAAUGUAAAAUCGAGGAACACGAAACUGAAGUCGGAGAACUCUUCUAUGAAAAUUGAUUCUUCUGGGCAUUCUGAUAUAGGUAAGGAUGAACGGGGCCCCACUACAUCAGUGGCUUCGGGCCUACCGCAACCUCAAGCAAUGAGUUCGAUUUCUGGGGUUGCAGUAAAGGAGGACACAAUGAAGGGGAUUUUUACCGAGAAUAUACAGACAAGUGGGGCGUAUAGUGCGAGAGAAGAGAGCUUGAAGAGAGAGGAGGAAGCAGGAAGGCUCAAAUUUGUAUGCCUCACCAAUGAUGGAAUUGACGAGCAUAUGAUUUGGUUGAUAGGAUUGAAGAAUAUCUUUGCAAGACAACUGCCUAACAUGCCGAAGGAAUAUAUUGUUCGUCUAGUCAUGGACAGAAGCCACAAAUCUGUAAUGGUUAUCAGGCAUAAUCAGGUAGUUGGGGGCAUCACAUAUCGUCCUUAUGUCAGCCAAAAAUUUGGGGAAAUAGCUUUUUGUGCAAUCACAGCGGAUGAACAAGUAAAAGGCUAUGGCACUAGACUGAUGAAUCACUUAAAACAGCAUGCUCGUGAUGGUGAUCGGCUCACUCAUUUUCUAACUUAUGCAGACAAUAAUGCUGUUGGUUAUUUUAUCAAGCAGGGCUUUACAAAGGAGAUUGAUUUGGAGAAAGAAAGAUGGCAAGGGUAUAUUAAAGAUUAUGAUGGAGGAAUUCUUAUGGAAUGCAAAAUUGAUCCAAAGCUUCCAUACACUGAUUUAUCAACUAUGAUUCGCCGACAAAGGCAGGCAAUUGAUGAAAAGAUAAGAGAGCUUUCUAAUUGUCACAUUGUGUACUCAGGAAUUGACUCUCAAAAGAAAGAAGCUGGGAUUCCUAAAAAGGUCAUCAAAGUUGAGGAUAUCCCUGGUUUGAGAGAGGCUGGGUGGACUCCUGAUCAGUGGGGAUAUUCACGUUUUAAAGCAUUAUUAGGUGCUUCUGCGGAUAGUGUCUCCUACCGGCAGAUAUUGAAUAACUUCAUGCGAUCACUUUUGAAGAUAAUGCAUGAUCAUCCUGAUGCUUGGCCAUUCAAGGAGCCUGUUGAUGCGCGUGAAGUACCUGAUUAUUAUGAUAUAAUCAAAGACCCCAUGGAUUUGAAGACGAUGUCAAAGAGGCUGGAAUCAGAGCAGUAUUAUGUGACAUUUGAGAUGUUUGUUGCGGAUGCCAAGAGGAUGUUUGCCAAUGCACGCACAUAUAACUCUCCUGAAACCAUAUAUUACAAAUGUUCAACCAGGCUGGAAACUGUUUUCACAAACAAAGUUCAAGCUCAUCUUCAAUCUUGCAGCAAACUUCAGCAGUAACAACUGUUAUAGGCUGUCAGGUUGGAAGCUGUUU